AUGAACAAACCUUUACGAACCCAACACCCCUUAUUUAAAAUUGCAAAUAAUGCUUUAGUAGAUCUACCAGCUCCUGUAAAUAUUUCAGCUUGAUGAAAUUUCGGCUCCCUACUAGGAUUAUGUUUAAUUAUUCAAAUUAUAACAGGAUUAUUCUUAGCUAUACAUUAUACAGCUGAUAUUAAUUUAGCUUUCAAUAGAGUAAACCACAUUUGUCGUGAUGUAAAUUAUGGUUGAUUAUUACGAACCCUUCAUGCUAAUGGAGCAUCAUUUUUCUUUAUUUGUAUCUACCUACACGUUGGACGAGGUAUUUAUUACGGGUCCUAUUUAUUCACCCCUACUUGAUUAGUCGGAGUACUAAUUCUAUUUUUAGUAAUAGCAACAGCCUUUAUAGGGUAUGUCUUACCUUGAGGACAAAUAUCAUUCUGAGGGGCCACAGUUAUUACUAACCUUUUAUCAGCUAUUCCAUACUUAGGUAUUGAUUUAGUACAAUGAGUAUGGGGAGGAUUCGCUGUUGACAACGCAACCCUUACUCGAUUCUUCACCUUUCAUUUUAUUUUACCAUUUAUCGUACUAGCAAUAACUUUAAUUCAUUUAUUAUUCUUACAUCAAACAGGAUCUAAUAAUCCAAUUGGAUUAAAUUCUAAUAUUGAUAAAAUCCCCUUCCACCCAUAUUUCUCAUUCAAGGAUAUCGUAGGAUUCCUUGCAAUAAUUGCAGCCCUUCUUCUUCUUACAUUAAUCAACCCUUACUUACUUGGAGACCCAGAUAAUUUCAUCCCAGCUAAUCCUUUAGUAACUCCGGUCCACAUUCAACCCGAAUGAUACUUCCUUUUCGCUUAUGCAAUCUUACGUUCUAUUCCUAACAAGCUUGGAGGAGUAAUUGCAUUAGUCUUAUCAAUUGCUAUUUUAGCUAUUUUACCUUUUUAUCAUUUAAUAAAAUUUCGAGGAAUCCAAUUCUAUCCUAUUAAUAAAAUCUUAUUUUGAUCUAUAGUAGUGACAGUUAUCCUAUUAACAUGAAUUGGUGCUCGUCCAGUAGAAGAUCCGUACGUCCUAGUAGGGCAAAUUUUAACUAUUAUCUACUUCCUUUAUUAUAUUAUUAACCCACUAGUUAAUAAAUGAUGAGAUAAUCUAAUCAACUAG